UGUUGCAGGCUGUGUGCAGUGGGGGAGGUGCCAGAGCUGAUCAAGCAGUGUAAUUUUAUACAUUACUGAAUCAGUGCAGGAGAAACCUGGAGGGACAAAGCAUCAUCUUGUCUUUGGACUGCACUGUAAAAUCCUCCAGCUCUCUUAUCCCAGACAUGCUCUGAUACAUUUUUGCUCCCCUUUUUCUGAUUUUGGUGUGAAUGAUAAAGUGAUCCGAUGAUGGCUCUCGUUAUGGAACCUAUUAGCAAGUGGACGCCCAAGCAAGUAGUGGAUUGGAUGAAAGGCCUGGAUGAUUGCCUCCAACAAUACAUAAAAAAUUUUGAAAGGGAAAAGAUCAAUGGUGAACAGCUGCUACACAUCACUCACCAAGAGCUUGAGGAACUGGGAGUCACUCGCAUUGGCCACCAAGAACUGAUACUGGAAGCUGUUGAUCUGCUGUGUGCAUUGAAUUAUGGUUUGGAGACCGAAAACCUGAGAACUCUCUCUCACAAGCUGAAUGCCUCAGCCAAAAAUCUUCAGAACUUUAUAACGGGUCGAAGGAGGAGUGGCCAUUAUGAUGGCAGGGCCUCCAGACGACUGCCAAAUGAUUUUCUUACCUCUGUAGUUGACCUGAUUGGUGCUGCCAAGAACUUACUAGCCUGGCUGGACAGGUCUCCAUUUGUCAGCGUGACAGAAUACUCACUGCUGAAAAACAACAUUGUUCAACUGUGCCUGGAAUUAACAACCAUUGUGCAACAGGAUUGUACAGUGUAUGAAACAGAAAAUAAAAUUCUUCAUGUGUGUAAAACCUUGUCUGGAAUUUGUGACCACAUCAUUUCACUCUCAUCUGAUUCUCUGGUGUCACAGUCAGCACAUCUUGAGGUAGUUCAUCUCACCAGCAUUAUGCCCAGUGAGGGUUUGGGGAUGUAUAUCAAAUCAACAUAUGAUGGGCUGCAUGUAAUCACGGGAACAACUGAAAAUUCUCCUGCUGACCAGUGUAAGAAAAUCCAUGCUGGCGAUGAGGUGAUCCAGGUCAACCAUCAAACUGUGGUUGGCUGGCAGCUGAAGAACCUAGUAAAUGCAUUGCGGGAAGACCCAAAUGGAGUGAUUUUAACCUUGAAAAAACGUCCUCAGAAUACUCUGGUUUCUGCUCCUGCCCUUCUGAAAAAUGUGAGGUGGAAGCCUCUUGCGCUUCAGCCUGUAAUUCCAACCAGUCCAACAAGCAGUUCUACAACACCAACAAGUACAAUGGGCAUGUCCUCCAAAAUGGAGAACUCAGCACUCCAAGAUGUUUACAUUCUUUCUCCUUUGUCAGGACUUUAUGGCCCCAGGGAUGAAAUUGGAAUAAUGUCUUGUGAUGACAUCAGCAAAUUUGGAAAAUCUGGAAUGAAAGGCUCUGAGUCUCCAAGUUACUUUCUGGAACAUGAAAGUGGUAAAUACUACACCUUAAUCGAAGGUGAAGGCCAUCCUUUGGGCUCUGAGUAUGAGAGAAGCAGAGCUACAGGAGUGCGGAGAAGAGAAAAAACACCCAGUCAUGGUGAUUUAAGACCUGUUUCUAUGCCUACUGACUACAGUUGGAUAGGGGAGUCAAAAGAACAAAACAUAUACAAGAGGGGAAGCCGAGACUCUGAGAAUUCCCUCCUGCGGUAUCUGAGUGAUGACAAGAUAUUGGUUAUCCAAGAAGAACCUCUGACACAGAAAGACAGCAAAAGGGACACAGGUCAUAGGUCAAGGAAAAAGGGCAAAAAUGCAAGCAGUCCAAACUACCCCAUUAGUUCAUCGAUGUUGACAUCAACUGUUAACGUUAGGCUUGAACCUGGACAGCAAGAUAUCUUGAAUUUCUCACUCCCAGAAAACAAUACAGUUCCACUUUAUCAUAGAGCAGGGGACACAGUCAGUGGAGAUACUGAAAGAUAUGCUAGUUCAGCCAUUGACCGUCAAGGAAGCACAUCCAUGAGGAAGUCAUUCCAUUACGCUUCCCUCAGGGUAAAAUCCAGAAAAUGGUCAAAAGGGAGCUCUCUAACGAGUGGGAGCAGAAGACGGAUUUCCUGCAAAGACUUGGGGCAUGGAGAUUGUGAAGGCUGGCUGUGGAAGAAAAAAGAUGCCAAAGGUUAUUUCACACAGAAAUGGAAGAAGUACUGGUUUAUUCUGAAGGACUCUUCCUUGUACUGGUACACAAACCAGAAUGAUGAAAAAGCAGAAGGAUUCAUUAGCUUACCUGAGUUCAGGAUCGAUAGAGCAAUUGAAUGCAGAAAAAAACAUGCCUUCAAAGCAUGUCACCCCAAAAUAAAGAGUUUCUACUUUGCAACAGACUGUCUAGAAGAAAUGAAUAGGUGGAUGAACCGUCUGGGUCUUGCAGCAAUUGGUUACACACCUGAUGACAAGGACAUUCAUCCAGAUGAAGCAGAUUACUGGAGUGAAAGCGACCAGGAUGAUGUUGAUGGCUCUUUAACGCUGAAGCAGGAAGGUUCUUCAACACUGUGUGACUCCUAUCACCGAGCACCCUCAGUGACUUCUACAAGUCCGUUCCCUGAAACCAAACACGGACGACACUUUUCAAGUGAAUCAACAUAUUCUCAUUCUUCUGCCGAAGAUUCUCGACAAGAUGUAGCAGGAAGCAUACACUCGUCAGGAUGCAGACCUCCCUACCGAGAAAGACGCUCAUGGCAGGAUCUGAUAGAGACUCCAUUAACCAGUUCAGGGCUCCAUUUUCUCCAAACUGUUCCUCCUGAUCCCGAAUACAUGAGUGGUCGGCCUGGAAUGUCACCAGACAGACGAAAACAAGCAACGUUACCAGUACAAAGACGUCAUAAUUAUGAAGAGGAUGGGCCUUUUCCCUUGGUGGAAUGUCAGAGAGGACAUAGCUCUCACAGCAGGCCACAGAAGCAACGUAGUCAAAGCCUUCCACGAAACAGAGACGUCAAGGGGAAGGGGCGGCUGAAGUCCAUAGAAGGAACAGAUGACAAGCUGGAAGAGAAAAUUCCUAUUAGAAGGCAUAAUAGUUUUUGCAUAGAAGAAAACUUAAAAGAAAUUGGAGAAAAUUCAGAUGGUCUGCAAGAGCUGUACAAGUCUCUGGAACAAGCUAGUUUGUCAGCUUUUGGAGAGCAGCGCCCCUCCACCAAGCAGGAGUUCCGCAAGUCUUUUGUAAAGCGAUGUAAUGAUCCAGUUAUCAACGAAAAGCUUCACCACAUCAGAGUACUCAAGAGCACUUUAAAAGCAAAGGAAGGGGACCUCACAGUUAUCAACAGCCUACUGGAUGAUCCCAACUUAACAUCAAAGAAGUUUAAAGAUUGGAAACUAAAGAACUACGAGUUUUUCCUGGACAUUUGUGAGUACAGUGCUGCUUUGAAAUCACAAAAUGGAGCCUCUGAACUUGCAACCUCAGCACCAAUGCUGACACAUACACAUUCAUUCAUUGAAACUCACGUGUGACAGGACUUGUAUCGUGAAUAACUGCUGGGUGCCAUGAAAAAUCCAGUAAGACAAACACUGUAGUAUUUAUAAAUAAUGUACUCAGCAGUACUGUAAAUAAGUUGGAUAAGAGAAUAGUGCCACAGGAUGCCUACUACAUUGCAUGAUAAGACAAUAAUAUUCUUUACAAAUUUUUUGUUUGCUAUUAUCAACUGAUGUCCGUAUCAAGCUCUGCAUUAGAAAGAAGCAGUGCAGAAGUGUAACAGAAAACAAACACCAGUGUAUUUAAAGUACUGUACUGAAACUAAGCUUCUAGUAUGAGCUCCUACAAUCAUUUUAUAUAUUUAGAUAUACAUGAACACAUAUCUAUGUAUAUAAAAUGUAACGCAGUAGUUAUUUACUUUCUAAAUGCCCUAAAGUUAACAUUUUCACACAUUUUUCUUGAGAAAAAUACAAAAUAAAAACACAAAUACAUUGGAUGCUCUUAGAGAUGAACGAUUAUUUUUCUACAUUUCCAGGUAGUGACCAUCUUUGCAAAUAAAAGGACAGAGUUAUCAAAAAGUAAACUCAAUCCCUAUAGUGUGCCUUAAAAUGUACACUGUACAUCUAGCAAAUAGAUCCCAAUCUGGCCCUAUGGGCAUACUGUACACGCCAUUAGAUACUGUGUUUGUAAAGUACUGUGUCUGCCUUUAAAAUGAAUGAAUAUAAGCGAGCAGGUGUGGCACAGAAGUUAAGAUAUGAGUAGAACAAUGUCGGUUGUUCACUAAUGCUGCAACUUACGCUGAUUUUAACAUAAUUUGAAAUAUUUCAUAGUGGAAGAAAAAUGUCUGCACUGAAUAUGGCACAUACUGCAGGUUUUCAUAGUUUCUUCACUGUGAAUUUAAGUGACGCAUGUGAGUCACAAAAUUCAAAAGAGCUCUGAUGCUUCAAGGGUGAGAAUUAAGUAAAAAAAAUAAUCCUGAACUAAUCAAUUAAGUUCUGUUGUAGACCGGCAUAUAGAGCUAAGUAAAUUAUUCAAAAUUAUAUCAUGUCCGGCAAUAAUUUUUAACUGUUAGUAGUACAUCAGCAAGUGAGUGAAGUUACUCAGUACAUCACUAGAAAACCAAUCUGUAUUGAUUGGAUUUGAGAAGACACGCACAUCACGUCAUGUAUUUCACUUCCUUGCCUGGAUGAGAAUGAUUUCUAAGAAUCAGAUUUUGGAGAAAAUACUUGGAUUCUUGAAACAAAAAAAGAUUGCUCUGAAUGCUACUGAACUUAAAUUUCCAACACACAUUCACAGUUUUCUUUGACUAUGCUUGCUAGAAUAUUUCUAGAAAGCACAACAAAGGAGUUGUGAAUUCAGUUCAUAUCAUUUGACUUAAACACAGGCAUUCACUGCUAAUUUUUCACAACAUAAACCUAAUUGUCUCUCAUAUGUCAAGAAUUGAAUAAUUCAUACAAUUCAAUAUAAUACGGGCAAAAAUAUUAUCUCAAAGAAGUCCUAGUAUCCAGGAAGAGAUUUAAGUAUUCACAAAGCCAAAACCAGACCCAGCUUGUGGAAAAUUAUUUUUUUUGUGUUGAUUAAAAAUAGAGAAGGCUAAUGUGAAACAAAGACAAAGCUAAAAUCACCACACUGACUUCCUUCUACUUAGGCUCAACUUCACAUCCGUUCCUUCCUGACUCUUGCAUCUCUUCCCAUGCUGUGCAGCACGGGGAUGUGGUCAGUCCAUAACACUUCACCUAUGUCAUUCCUUCCUCCUCACACUAUAUUCCCCUGCUCCAGCAUGGUGUAACUCCCACAGGAUACAGUCCUUAAUGACCUUCCAGUGUGGGUCCUUCCCACAGGCUGCAGUUCUUCCAGAACUCCUCCAGCAUGGGUCCUUUCUCUGGGGUGCAGUCCUUCAGGAGCACACUGCUCCAGCACAGGUCCCUCACAGGCCCCAGUUGCUGCCAGAGCUCCUGCUCCUGCGUGGGCUCCCCUCAGGCUGCAGCCUCCUUCAAGGCAUAUCCACCUGCUGCUCUAGUGCGGCCCUCUGCGGGCUGCAGAGGGACAGCCUGCUUCACCGUGGUCCUCUCCAUGGGCUGCAGGGGAAUCUCUGCUCUGGCACCUUGGGAACAUCCCCAUCCUCCUCCUCCUCUUGUAUAGGUGUCUGCAGAGCUGUUUCUCUUAUAUUUUUCUCACCUCUCUCUCACGGCUGCUGCACAGCAAUUUCAUCCUUUAUUAAAUACUAAUGACAGAGGCAGCACCAGCUUUGCUGAUGGGUUCAUCUUUGGUCAAGGGAGGGUCUGUUUCUGAGCAGACUGGAAAGGGCUCUCUGUCUGACAUGAGGGCAGCCCCUGCUCUGUUCUCAUACAGGUCACCUGUGCAGCCUGUCUGCUGCCAAACUUUGUCAUGUAGACCCUAUACAGCAACUGGAGAAACACAACUCAGAUUUGGUUUUUAUUCUCAUUUCCACUGGCAUUAAUUGGAACCACGGUGGAUGCAGUAGCCUAUAACAGUAAAAGGUAUUAGAGUAAGGACAUAUUAUUACUUGACAGCUGUUUUGAGUUCUUUACAUCACAUAAGCAGUUGAGUCACAGCAUGAUUGUAACAAAUACAUCACAACAUUUGGAUAGAACAAGCAACAUGAAGGCAUAUUUUACCUGCUUUAGCAAAUCAACUAUGUACUUCAGAAUCACUGAAGACAAUGGCUCCUUAAAUGCAAGCCUCAGAGUGGACUAGGAUCACAUUGUACCUGUUUUGCUUGAAUAUUAAGCAUACACUUAAUCUUCUAAGCACCUGAGAUAAUAAAAUGUAUACAGGAAAUAGAGGACAAUUUGUCACCACAGGUUUCACCAAAACUGGAGCUGAGUAUUCAUGCAAAAUGUAAAAUUCAAUUUAAAUGUAUUUACUAUGUGAACAUUGUAGUUAUUGGACAACUGAAUAGCAGAAGCAUUAAUAGAGGGAAUUUGUCCAUUUUUUUUCCCUAGAAGAUCUCUAAAAGAUGUAUUUCACUAUUUGUAACGCUAUCCUUAAUACAAUGUGGGAGAAAUAUUAUGCAGUGAAACAAGCAGAAGAGUAAUUUAUAGAAUCCAUUUAUAAACCAGUUCAUACUGUAUGUGCAAGCAGUGAUAGAUAGACACAGAAUUAAAUGGAUUACAUUUUCUAUACUCAUAAAGAAAUUUAAACUCGCCUUUCAUUUCAAACCCAAAAGAUGAUCUGUGCUUUCAUAUUAAACAGAUUUAUAUGAUUGUUAAAUAGUUUUCAAAAAGAAUUUCAAAUGCUACUGUAUAGUAACUCAAGAGAAAGGACAAUUGCUCACUAAACAUGUUCAGUAAAGUCCUUAGUGAACAAUGAAACCAGCUAUUUCUUUUCUAAAAUGCUACUUAUAGAUAUGGCUGAAAAUGACAAACAUCAUUAGGAAGAUGUUUUUCAAAAAUAACACAAACAGUAAGGAAAACAGAUGGAAUCUCAAUAUUAAUUUCUCAGUGUUCACUAAAAUAAAUAAAUAAGCAUACUUCUGAAAUAGGAGUAAAUGACAAAAAAUUUGAGAGAUCAUACUGUUGGUCAGAUUAUUUUUUAAAUCUUUCAGUGUCAUGGGUUCAUCUGUGUUCAGAUUCUCAUAGUCAUGAAUUAGUAUUUUGGUCUUCUUUGUUGAAGUAACUGAAAUGCAAAGUUCAAUAUAGAUAUUGUAUUUAAAAUCUAUGCACCAAAUUCAAAUAAAUCAAAUUCUCCUGGUCCAAAAGGCACUCUAACACUGCAGAAUGCAGCUGAAAUUAUUAAGGUAGUUCAUCAGGUAUAUAAAACUGAUUUAAUGCUCCCCCUAAACUACUGAUCCCCCUCCUUUUUUAAUACACUAUUCUGUAUUCACUGAAUUCUUUGAUCAUUAAGAAAUACCUUAAUAGCUAUCUCUGUAUCACUUCCUCAGAAAGCUGAGGCUUUUUUCUUGUCUUCAUAGAUUUUAGGUGACAACUUCCCUGAACUUACUCUAAUUGUUAUGAACAAGAAGUAGUCAGAGGAGGAGGAGGAGGUUCUCAUCAGUCUGUAUGUACAAAUCCUUUAAUAAAAAUAAAGCUGAGAGAAUACGGGCUCCAUGCUUGAGGGCAGCACAGGUAGGAGUACAUUUCCCCUCACACAAAUCAGCCUGCAUUAGACCUGCGGUCUUUACCCUCCCCAAAGCAAGUUGCUUAACUUCAUUGGCAAAAACUACCCUACUGUUUCAUCAGCUUCUGAUGCAGCUCUGCUUUCUUAAACACAUAAUAAGCACUUUACAUUUUAGCACCAUAAGGAGAAACUAAUCAAUUGCUACUAAAAGAUAUUGGAGAAUGAGAUUUGAUACCUUUUCCAAGCAGGGAAUUCUGAAUAUGAUCAGUCAGUUAAUGUUCAGACACAGACUGCUAUCUUUUAAGCUAGAAAUGUACUGCACCACUUGCUUUUUCCAAGGAAAAAAAAUGAGUGUCACAGAAUUGCUGGAUGGAUAUGGCAACUUAGCUUUAUUUUUACUGUCAUCAGCAAUUACAGCUUUCCAGGCCAAAUUAAUUAUUCUUCAAUUCAAAGUUUGGUGAAGGCUAUAGCAAAGGUACCUUCCAAAGGGUUACUUCACAGAGGGAAUUGCUAAGCUUCACUAAAAUUUGUUGAAUUUUACUGUUGACCUUUACUGAGGCUUUACUUUGACUAUUAAUAGAACAGGAACCUCAGGCACUUUUUUUUAUAUAUUUUUUUGAGAGAGAGCUGAUAUACUACUGGGACCUAGUCUUAAUAAAAGUGUAGAUUUUUUCAGGAAGAUACUGUCCAUCAUUGUUUUCAAGAACCAUAUUCAUCUUACUGCAGGCCAGACAAAUAAAACAUGUUUGUUUUUAUCAUACUUACAAGUGUUUAAUGUGUCAAUUAGGGAUUUUACUGUAUGCAUUAAUGCCACUGUAUGAGCAGUAUUUGAAAGGAAGCAAUGCUGAAGAAAUAUGUCAACAAACUGCAGUUUGACCAGAAAGGUCAAACCUGCUGGCUUCUGUCCUCACAUUUCUAGAAUAUUACUCAUUCUCAGGCAUUGGUGAGGGUAUCAAUACAGAUCUUUUUACUAACUGUAAAUGCAUCUGUCUGAAUGCUGCAGAUUAAAUAAGGAUGCCACAUUAUACACAUUUACUCUAUUGCAUUUUUUCACUAGCAACCACAAAGCAAAUGUCUUAACAAAUCUUGUUCACUGGCUAAACUAACAGUAAGACCUUACCAGUUAAGUUACCAGUCAAGACCAGAGAAACAAGGAUUUCAACUUAAAAAUCUGAAAUGGGAACAGAUUAGGAUAUAGGAGAAAUGCACUAGUAUUAAUAAACUUUUUACAUUUGACACAUACUGUAUUACAAAGAAAAUAUCCUUGCAAGACCAUUAAUUGCUGGGCCAUAGGUGACUUCUGUCUAGUUUACUAAAGUAGCUAAUAAAACUUGUAUAGAGAGCCUUUUUUAGGUAAUGCUUACAUGUAUGAAAAUGUAUGACACCCUUGUACUAUGGCUUGCACUUUACUUGCAUUAAACUGUGAAGUAGGCUGUAGUAACGUCUUUGUAUAUUCAGGGGUUGAAAUACCAAAGCAGUAGAUGGUGUUCAACCUGUACUGUUAAUUAAAUCUGAACUUGCUGAUAAUGUGUAUUUUGAAAACCCUGCUAACUUAAAGUCUUUAGCAAAUAAUGAUAUGGGGUCUCCAUGGUCUUUGUUUCUUUGUAAAUAUAAACAUUCUUACUGUUUCUGUAGCAAUAGGAGGUUAUAAACCAAACUUUCACUAGGACUGUUUUCAAUAAUGAAAAAAAAAAUCUAUAGCGCCUUGUUUAAAAAUCAUGGAGACUCCAUGACCUGUGGGCAUUUUUUCUUUACAAGCAGUAUGUAUAUAUGUAUUAGAGGCAGAACUGUUAUUUAUCACAAAAUUAUGUUGUGGUUGAUUCUUUCUAAAGUAAAUAUAUGCUUUAUGUCAUUAUGAAAAAUAAGUAUUUUUAGUAAGAGCCAUCUUGAAAAGUUUGAAGUGUCAAAGCUUCAAAUACUAGUAAUCUUCCAUGUUUCAACCUUGUUUUUCUAAUCAACUGUGAGAUGAACUGAGAGGUCACGGUGAACCAUCUGUCUAUGCCAGGGAAAAUGUCUGAGUUAUAUCACAGUUUCCGACAUUCUGCAACUUUUCUCCAAUUACCAUCUUGCUUAAGCGCUUUUAUGAGCAGAUGCUCUGCCAGUACUGUGGUAAAGUCCCUCAGCUCACUGAUGCUACAGAGAUAGAAAAGUAACUGCUCUAACUGGACUAAUACAGGUAAACUAGGUUUCAACCCCUGGAUAAUACAGUAUUUCUUCAGUUUCACAACAGUAUUUUUAAUUUUAUACUCGUCUAUGUUGAGAGAUGAUCCAAUAGUUUAUAUAGGCAGUGAAUGUUAGGUUUCUUUUUUUCCUCUUUUCAGAUGAGUUCUGUGUGAAUUACUGUAACUGGCUGCAUUUUUUCUAUCACAGAAUUAACUUGUUAACUUUUUGUGUGUCUACAAUGAAAAUUUAUGAAUGGAAAACUUCACUGUGUGUUGCUCACUGGGCAUAUACCUCAUGGUACAUUGCACAGACGUGUAAGUUGUAAGUUGCACUGCAACAUUAAAAAAGGAACAUAUUGCUCUUUUUUCAAAGAUAUUAACUUAUUUAAGAGAUAUAGUCUGUACAUUAUUAAAAAGAACAUUUAUUCUUCCUAAAUUCAAACAAAGCUUUUGUUUUGGGGAAAAAAAGAAAAAAAAAAAAAGUUGUAAACUUCAGUUGUAAAUUUGGACUUCAAUAAACUGAAUUAUCUGCACUUAAA